UAGUCUCCUCUGUGAGCCUCACGCAGCCCGUGACAGCCUGUGAAUCUGCCACGGAAGAAAACCCCACGGUAGAGUCCAGCCGCGGAACGUCCACACUCUGAAAGCAGCGUCCUGGUUGUUGUUCAUCGGUCCCAGUCAGUGUCAUCAUGGCGAGUCCAAGGACCAGGAGAGUUCUGAAGGAAGUGAGGACCCAAGAUGAGAAUAAUCUUUGUUUUGAGUGUGGGGCUUUCAACCCUCAGUGGGUUAGUGUCACAUAUGGCAUUUGGAUCUGCCUUGAGUGCUCUGGGAAGCACAGAGGCCUGGGAGUGCACCUGAGUUUUGUGCGCUCGGUCACCAUGGACAAGUGGAAAGAUAUUGAACUGGAGAAAAUGAAAGCUGGUGGAAAUGGAAAGUUCCACCUGUUUCUAGAACUCCAAGAUGAUUAUGACCCAAACUGGACCUUACAGGAUAAGUACAACAGCAAAGCUGCUGCGCUCUUCAGAGACAAGGUAGCAACAUUAGCUGAGGGGAAAGAGUGGUCCAUUGAUACGUCCCCUGCCAGAAACUGGACUCCUCCUCAACCUAAGUCGGGCCUUUCAUCGUCUCACCGAUCUGGAGGAUCUGGACAGAAUCCAGCCAGUUCUGGUGACAAAGCUUUUGAGGAUUGGUUGAGUGACGAUGUCAACUCUUAUCAAAGUGGGGGAGGCUACAGUGGGAACCAAGAGAAUCGAUAUGUUGGUUUUGGCAACACUGUAACCCCAGAGAAGAAGGAUGAGGACUUCUUGAACAAUGCAAUGUCGUCAAUUUAUUCAGGCUGGAGCAGUUUUACUGUUGGUGCCACCAAAUUUGCUUCAAUUGCCAAAGAUAAUACAACAAAACUGGCGAACCAAGCAACUUUAAAGUUGAGGGGCUAUAAAGCACCCCCUGAACCGGCCACAGAGUUAGGACAGACAAUAAAUGAGAAUGUUAUCAAACCUACCCACGAGAAGGUCAAAGAUGGCAAAUUGAUAGAUGAAAUGACAGUCGGCAUCACUGGGCUGGCAAACAAGGUUCAGGGAGCUGGAGCAAAAUUGACAAACCUGUUUACUGGAAAACCGCAAGAUGGCUCUGGUGGAGAGAGCUACCAGAACAUGGAUGCUACUGAGGGGUAUCAAGGCAGCUCCAGCCAACCUGUGUCGAGGGAUUUCUGGGAAACCUUUGGCAGCAACAGCUCCUUAAAGGAGAAGAAAUCUCCCAGCAGUGACAGCUGGACCAUGGCAGAUAAUUCUGCCAAGAAGAGCUCUGACAGCUGGGACAAUUGGGGCUCUGAAGGAGCCUCCAACAACAAACACAGCACAGAGGAGAGCUGGGAGGCCUGGGACAACAACUGGGAGAAUGCGGAUGGUAAGACAAAGAAGAGUCCCUCGAAGCCUGCUGAUGAAGCCUGGGAUAAUGCAGGCUGGUGAUUGCCUCAUAAACUUACAUCACCUAAAGUUUUUUUUUUUUUCCCCCUUUCCACCUUCUGCCAGUUUCUCUCCUGUUAUUCAUCUCAUUUGCACUUUCUGGAAGAGAGUUGCAUUAGCUUAACUCCUGUUCAUGCAUUCAGGAUGAAUUUAAUCAAUGAACCCCAGAGAUGAUUUGAGCUUAUCAAAUGAACACCUAAAGGAACUGUUUACUGCCAGAGCUAUAUUUUAUUAGGAACUGCCCCCAUCUCAAAGAAUCACCUUUAUUCAGUGUAGAUAAAAUCAUGACUUCCUGUAUGGAUUGAUAAAAUGUUUUGGUUGUAAAGUAAAAUAAAGCGGUGUGCCAACAAUAAGUGGUUUGGCAAUACUGUUGUUUUUCAACACUGAAAUUAUCGCAUGGGAAAAAAAAAUCUGGUAUUGUAAAUGAGUCACUGUAAAUAUGACAAUAUUUUUUCUGUUUAGUCUAAUUAUUAUUUUUGAGCACCUGAUGCCCAUUUAGCCCUGCAGUUACAGAUUUAAAAUCAAUUACAAUGAAACAGUUUAAGAGCUUGUCUACAGGUGAUUAACCUAUCGGAACUUAAAAUCGUGAUAUGUAACAUGUAAUAUGUGGAUCUAUUAUUUGUCAUUUUGAGUCAUCGAGACCCCAAAACUGCUUAAAAAAAUUUGAGAGCUGCAGAAUCCCUUUGUUGUGUGAUUAGGACAAGAAAAUGAGACAAAAGGAUCCUGUGAAAAUUGGCUGGUGUUGCUAAGACACAGAAAAAAAAUCUAAAACAUCUAAAUGUUUCUGUACAAUUUGAAUUAAUUCCUUCUCAAUAAUAAGAGGAAAUUGUUUCUUAGUUAAUUUUACUGUUCUUGAGCAUCCUCCUGUUUAGCAUAGAGUGAGCCUGGACACUUACGAGUCAUAAAACCACCAUUAGACACCAAAUAAAUUAUUGGUAUUCUCUCAUUUUCAUAGAAAUUGCAAUACAAGUACAACUGAAGAUCUGAUUUAAUCAUCAGAUGAACUGUCCAUCAUUGUAAAGCUAUUAAGAUCUAUUCUAUUUUGGGGCUUUUAUGCGUUUUGUUAUGUUUAGUUUUUCAUUUUUUAAUAUUUGUUUUAAAUUAACACUACGUGUCAAAAUCACUCUGUCUUUACCGCUCAGAUCAGGGUUCUUUAAUUAAACAAACUUGUAUUAUCAAUCAGACAUAUCAUCUUGUCCUCAUUUUCUACUUUUAUGUUUU